AUGAGUAGUAAUGGUGACACUAUCAGGCCGGGGCCCAGGCCAUUCCAUGCCUUUCACUCCAUGUGCAUGGACCGAAGUUGCCCCCGUCCUGUGUACUUAUCAGCAGGAUCUAGAUUUCUCAUCACAUCCACGGGAGCCUUGUAUAUUAAAGACGUGCAGAACGAAGAUGGGUUGUAUAACUACCGCUGCAUCACACGGCACAGAUACACUGGAGAGACGAGGCAGAGCAACAGCGCAAGACUGUUCGUGUCAGACCCAGCCAACUCAGCUCCAUCCAUCCUGGAUGGAUUUGACCAUCGCAAAGCCAUGGCCGGGCAGCGUGUGGAGUUGCCUUGCAAAGCGCUCGGGCACCCUGAGCCAGACUACCGCUGGCUAAAAGACAACAUGCCCCUAGAACUUUCUGGAAGGUUCCAAAAGACAGUGACGGGGCUGCUCAUUGAAAACACCCGGCCCUCAGACUCAGGCAGUUACGUGUGUGAAGUCUCCAACCGAUAUGGAACUGCUAAGGUGAUUGGCCGCCUGUACGUGAAACAGCCACUGAAAGCUACCAUCAGUCCCAGGAAGGUUAAAAGCAGCGUGGGGAGCCAGGUUUCCUUGUCCUGCAGCGUGACAGGAACCGAGGACCAGGAACUCUCCUGGUACCGAAAUGGCGAAAUCCUCAACCCUGGGAAAAAUGUGAGGAUCACAGGGAUCAACCAUGAAAACCUUAUCAUGGAUCACAUGGUCAAAAGUGACGGAGGCGCGUACCAAUGCUUCGUGCGCAAGGACAAGCUGUCCGCUCAAGACUAUGUGCAGGUGGUCCUUGAAGAUGGAACUCCCAAAAUCAUUUCUGCCUUCAGUGAGAAGGUGGUGAGUCCUGCAGAGCCCGUGUCCCUUAUGUGCAGUGUGAAGGGAACGCCCCUGCCAACCAUCACAUGGACCCUGGACGACGAUCCAAUCCUCAAGGGUGGAGGUCACCGAAUCAGCCAGAUGAUCACCUCAGAGGGGAACGUGGUCAGCUACCUGAACAUCUCCAGCUCUCAGGUCCGGGACGGGGGUGUCUACCGCUGCACGGCCAACAACUCAGCUGGAGUCGUCCUGUACCAGGCUCGAAUAAACGUAAGAGGGCCUGCAAGCAUUCGACCAAUGAAAAAUAUCACAGCCAUAGCAGGACGGGACACAUACAUUCACUGUCGUGUGAUUGGCUAUCCAUAUUACUCCAUCAAAUGGUACAAGAACUCUAAUCUGCUUCCUUUCAACCACCGCCAGGUGGCAUUUGAGAACAACGGGACUCUAAAGCUGUCAGAUGUGCAGAAAGAAGUGGAUGAGGGCGAGUACACAUGCAAUGUGUUGGUUCAACCACAGCUUUCCACCAGCCAGAGUGUCCACGUGACGGUGAAAG